AUGCCGGAUUCCAAUCCUGAUUUAACUGCACAAAUCCGAGAUCUGCAACAGCAACUUGAGGCACUUCGGACGAGUGUCCCUUGUAACCGAGAUGAGACUACUCACACACGCACACGUACGACAAUUCACUUGCCGAAAUUCGCACAUAGCAAUCCUCAGCUAUGGUUUGCGCAAGUGGAGCGCUCAUUCCGAUUACACCACAUCGUGGACGACACCGACAAGUUCGACCUUGUCACUCUUCACCUGGAGGCGGAUGUGGUUUUGGCUGUGGAAGACUUAGUCAUUCGACCACCUGACGAAAACAAGUAUGUAGCAAUAAAGAAUCGCUUAUUACAAAAGUAUUCUGAAUCCCCAGAGUCGAAACUACGCCGACUGCUACAAGGUGGGGAUACAUCUGGUCUGAAACCAUCCGAAAUCUUGGCCAACAUGCGUCGACUAGCUCCGGAUCCGGGCAGCGAGAACAUUAUCCUCACACUUUUCCUGGCAGAGAUGCCGGCAUCAAUUCGCCCUACCCUCACCGUCUGGGAAGAGACCGAUCUGGAUAAGCUGGCCAAAAUCGCAGACAAAAUGCUCGAAGCAGUGAACCACAAUGCUACUUUCGCCAUCAGCACGAACACUUCGACUGCUGCUGAUUCAUCCAUUUGCGCUGUUUCCACCGAAGAUCCUUGGAAAAAAGUCAACGAGCAGCUGCGUUCGCUUUCACAAAAGUUUGAUGAUUUACAAAAGGAUGUCAAACGUCUCCAAUUCCAAGGUCGCUCCCGCAGCCCAUCGCGUAACCGACCACAAACGGGAAAUGCUAAUUACCAGUCCUCCGAGUCCCAAGAGAAGCUAUGUUACUACCACGAGCGAUUUGGAGAAAACGCCCACAAAUGCCGUCCCCCAUGCUCCCGCUCCUCGUCGUUAAACUAG